AUGUCUGGGGCAGAGGCGCUGGGCCCCCAGGGACCCAAAGGCACUGGGGCAUGCACGGGGGAUGUCCCCUCCCUUAAAGAAAUCGAGCAGCUCCUGAACACUGGACGGCCCUCCUGCAACCACGUUGAUGAAGUAUGGCCUAAUCUCUUCUUAGGAGACCUAGUAACAGCUCACAACCGAUUUGUUUUGUGGAAGAUGGGUGUGACCCAUGUUUUAAAUGCUGCCCAUGGCACAGCAUACAGCCACGGAGGCCAGGACUUUUACGGAGCGACCAUUGAUUACUAUGGUGUACCAGCCCAUGACCUCCCAAGCUUUGAUAUAAGCCAGUUCUUUUUCUCUGCAGCACAAUUUAUCCACAACGCCUUGAGCACGCCAGGAGCUAAAAUUUUGGUACAUUGUGCAGUUGGAGUAAGCAGGUCAGCUUCCCUAGUCCUAGCAUAUCUCAUGAUAAAUCACCACCUCCCAUUGGUUGAAGCCAUCAAAACAGUGAAGGAACAUCGAUGGAUUUCACCCAAUCGUGGCUUUCUGAAACACCUGCGAAAUUUGGAUGUUCAGCUACGGCAAAAGAAGGACUGCUGA